UUAAUAUGACCCGUUUUUAAAUUUUAACUUAAAGUGGAACCAGGUUAAAAUGUAUGUUUAUUUUUUCCUUGUCUUUGAUGUCCCUGACUCAUUUCUUCUCAAUGUGAAAAAAGGAUAUCGAAGGAUGUAUAAGUGAAAAUAAAAUAUCAAUGACACCAAUUGCUUUUUAUGACAAAAUAAAUAACCGAAUUUACUCUUGCGUUAUUUCUCUGGCCACGCUGUAUCGGGGCUCAAAGUCAACAUGGACUGUGAACAGUACAUCCACUGCUAAGUACACAUGGGUUAAAUGUCCUCAUGUUCUAACCAGAUACUGUACAUCUCUAUCCUCAGGAUGAACUGAAUCUGGGUGUCUAAGUAGGGUAAAGUGCUCAUCACCUUGACACGGCAUCCUUUCCCCCCCUCUACUUACUGCAGGAGUUUGUUCUCCUAUAUAUAUUGUUGUGUGUGUACAUUCAUUAACAUUGAGAUGUGUGAGUUUUAGAGGGUGAAGAUGUACAUUUAUUCAUGCGACCUGAGGGGGAAUAUUAUUGUUCCUGACAUUGUUGUCCCUUUAAAUAGUAGCCUCAGUGAACAACUGCAUGUAUGUAGGACAAUAUAUUUAAAUUUUAUUUCUAUGGGCUGUCUGUGGGUGCUUUAAUCAUCUUAAUUUGAAAAUACUUGACAAUUUAAAGGUUAUCAUGAAAUUCAUAAUUCUUUGAUUUUAGGCUUCUGUUGUGUUUUUAUUUCUUUAAAGCUAUUUAAUAUAAUACCUCACAUAGUGGAUAACACAGUCAUGCUCAGGAACGGGAUGUGUGUUAAACUGAGCCUAGUGUUAACUACGGGCAUCUGACACCCGAGCAUUGAUCUCUGGGAUAUGUCAGUUCAACUAAAAGUGGUUAGACAAGAAAAAGUACCCUCUGUGAUUAAAACCUGCGUCUUCCCAUUACUUUAAUGCUCUCUGCUGAAUACGGUUUAAACCUUUUUAAAACAACUCUUCCAUUAUGCACAUUGAUCUCAGUAGAAUAAGGUAUAUGUUUGACUUUCCUGCUGUACUAGACUUGUGUUGGUUAAAAAAAAUUGAUAUUACAAAAUUCGUUUUAAUCUUGAGUGCUUGGAGAAAAAUAUCAGGCUCCUAACCCUGGUCCUCGAUUACCUCUGUUCUGUGCAAUUCAGUGUUUUUAUAUUUAGGUGCUCUAACACACCUACCCUGAUUCAGAAAAGGCCAGAGCAUAUACACAGCUCAGAGAAAGUCAAACAGAGCGAAGGAGAAGAAGCAGAGGAGGCUUGAAGAAAGAGCAGCUAUGGAUGCUGUGUGUGCUAAAGUGGUUGCAGCUAAUAAGCUUGAAGAUCCGCUGUCAGCUUUUCCAGUGUUCAAAAAGUAUGACAGAAACGGGUUAAAUCUGGAGAUUGAGUGUAAACGGGUGACUGCACUGUCUCCCAUCACAGUGGAGUGGGCCUAUGAACUGACCAGAGCCAACGUACAGACAUUAUAUGAACAGAGCGAGUGGGGAUGGAAGGAGAGGGAGAAAAGGGAGGAGUUGAAGGAUGAGAGAGCAUGGUAUCUCCUUGCUCGUGAUGCCGAAUCUGCCCCUGUUGCCUUCUCUCAUUUUCGAUUCGAUGUCGAAUGUGGCGACGAGGUGUUGUAUUGUUAUGAACUCCAGUUGGAGAGCAAAGUCAGGCGGAAAGGUCUGGGAAAGUUUCUCGUCCAAAUCCUGCAGCUCAUUGCCAACAGUACUCAAAUGAAAAAAGUCAUGUUGACCGUUUUCAAACACAACCACGGAGCCUACCAGUUUUUCCGGGAGGCCUUACAAUUUGAGAUUGACGAAACUUCACCCAGCAUGUCAGGUUGCUGUGGAGAUGAGUACUCGUACGAGAUUUUGAGUCGACGGACAAAAUACGGCGAGGUGUCGGGUCAUGCGCAUGCUGGCAGCCACUGUGGAGGCUGCUGCCAUUAGGUGCUGGUCCUGCUGUUCUGUUACACAAACACUCCUCAUUCAAACUUCCUGUCAACAAUCAUGUUUGCCCUACGUUACCCCCAUAUUUACAUCCCCUUAAGCCUAGUUCAGUCACGCAGUGUAGCCAAAAAGAACAAGAAACGAAAAGGAGCCGGUCAGAGCACCACUGAUGCGUUCAACUUUCAGUAACUGGUAUUUAACAGUGUUUAGAGUGAGAAAUCUUGCAGUAGGUUACAGUUCAUAAGUUACUCAUAUAUGACUGUAAAUAAUGUGAAAUACGGUUUGGAUAGCUAAUUUCUUGAAUGUUUAGUCUUGUGUAUUGAGUGUGAAGUAGGUGAAUGGAAAUUUGUAAUGAAAGUGAAAAGUACAUUAUCCAAUUGUCUUUCAGGUACAAAUCUGAUGCUUGUACACAUCCAAAUUAAGUCAUGAUGUUGGCGAGAUCUAAAGCUUUGUUUACAUAACCUUUGGGUUUAAACAUCAUGAAAGGUCAUCCUAUCACUAACUAUUCUGAGUUUGUAUAAGACCAAUUAAGGAUUUUUGCAAGAUUUUGCUAUUUUCUACCUCUGUGUUUGUUGUGAGGGUUUUUUGUUUUUUUUUUAAUUCGUUUUUCACAGAAUUCAUUUGAAGGUAUUACUGUGCAGGCUUCAUAGUUAAGGAUGAGAAGCCAUGUUUGAGGUACAUGUAUGCUACAUGUUGCUCUUAAUGACAGUGCAAAAGUGAUGCAUUUUAAAGCUGUGAAGUGUUGACUGAACUAGGCCUGAACUAAUCUCUCAUCGAUGAAGAUCCUCCUUGUUGCUUAAUAUUUUUAACUUAAUAGCUGCCCAUGACUCUAAGGAAAAAUAAGUAUAUUCCCUCUCCAGCUUUAUGAAUCUUUGAACAACAGAGAUGGCAGUAAUGCUCAUGUGACAGCUCUGUAUAGUGAACUUUUCCUUUCACCUCAGGAACCAGCAUGGUGAGUAGAACAUCUACACAUCCCAUGAUGAUGACAAACAUCAUGGCAGGACUUUAGCCUACAAUUCUCUCUCUCCCAAGCUGCUGAUCAUUUAAAGUGAGUUCAAGGGCAUGGCACACUAGCUGUUACUGCCAUUUUUUUCUCUAUUGCUCUGUCAGGGUACUUGUACAUACAUUUUAACAAAAUGCAAGGGGCUUACCUAAGUGUUGUAUUUCUUUAAUUAACCGAAUACAAUGAACGACUUCGUAUUCUUUAUAAUCGCUCAAACUGGUCAGUCUCAGGUCAUUCAACUAAGUAAAACCUAUAUCAAAUAUUUUAUAACGGCUAUCCCUAUCUAAUUGCUGAAGGGGCUGAUGAUUAUUACAACCACACCCUUAGUGUAGAAAAGUGCUGUCCUUUUUCUUUUUUUUUUUUUUUUUUUAAGUAUCACAGCCUUCUUUUAUCAUCUCAAAACAUUAGAUUUUUUUUCUUUUUUUUUAACUGUAUAUAAUCUGUUUGCCAUUAUCAUUUUAUUUGCCUUCACAAGGUUUGUGGGGAGAAAUUACAUUGAGACAAUUAAAGUGAUGAGAUGUUUGGUAAAUGAGUAUUUCUGUGUCAUGCUUUGUGUUGAUGCAGAAAGGGAAGUUAUUUCAGCUUUUGGUGUUUUAUUUGUUUGCAACAAAUAAACUGGUUUGAAUCAAA